GAAACUAGCGAGGUAUUUUCCCUGGAAAUUUAGUGUGUUAUGUUAUAAUUUGGUCAGCUCCAGCGAACAGAAAAAGUGUACAAGAUCAUUAUCCUUUUUCAACAAGGAUAGUUGGAAGACAAGAAGGAUGAGCCUGUUGUUUAUAAAUACCAAUCAAGUUUAUUAAUCAAAUUUUACCUAGCAUCCCCCCUGUAAUAUUAUGCUGAGCCGAUGAUAACAUAUAAACCGCCAAUGCCAUAUCCUCUAGUCAUAUGCGUGAGCUUGUUCCUGGUGUCCUCUUUGCUGCAGCCAUUCUGUACCACAACAACAGCUCAAACCUACAAAAAUGUAUCAAAGGGUGACUUCCUCAUCGCAGGACAACGAGACAGUAGCUCUUUCUGGGCGUCCCCUUCUGGUGAAUUUGCUUUCGGUUUCCAAGCAAUUAGAAAUGCUGGCUUCUUGCUAGCCAUCUGGUUCAACAAAAUACCAGCAAGAACCAUCGUCUGGUGGGCCAAUGGGACCGAGCUGCUGGCACCCGCCGGAUCAAAAGUUCAACUUACCGCAGAUGGCCAGCUCGUCCUCCUCAAGGGCACAACUGGAGAAAAAAUUUGGCAAGCUGAGCCAAGUGACAAUCGAGUUUUCGUCUCCCAUGCCGCCAUGCUAGACACUGGGAGUUUCGUACUAGCAACGGCAGGGUCUGAAUAUUUGUGGGAGACUUUUACGUCACCAACCGACACGCUUUUACCAUCGCAAACAAUGGUUCAACGCACCACACUCGUUGCUCGCCACGGGGAGACAAAUUACUCCGACGGAAGAUUCACCUUCACACUGCAAGGAGAUGGGAAUCUCGUGGCUUAUGCAAAACAUACUGCACUAGAUUCGGUAAUGGAUUACUAUUGGGCGAGCAGCACGAAUAAUGCCACUAAGCUCAUCUUCAACACGUCAGGCUCCAUUUACCUUGAGGUAAUGGAUGGAAGCAUAAUUAACGUGCUACCCUCCAAUGCUGUUUCAAUGCAAGAUUUCUACCACAGAGGGAUUCUCGAGUAUGAUGGAGCUUUCAGGCACUAUGUUUACCCCAAGAGUACUUCCUCUGCUGCAGGAAGACCCAUGGCCUGGACCUGUUUGUCUGCCGUCCCUCCAAAUAUAUGCCGGCUGUAUCCACCAGAUAGAGGGCUUGGACCAUGUGGAUUCAAUAGUUACUGUUCAUAUCAGGAUCAGAAAUCUAGUUGCCACUGCCCUGAAGGUUUCUCCUUCAUCGAUCCAAAUGAUAGGUCCAGAGGAUGUCAACAGAACUUUGUUUCUCAAAGUUGUACGGAACCAUCUUCAGAUACAGAUAAGGAAACAGAUCGCUUCUACUUUUAUGAUAUCCCAAAUGGAGAUUGGCAUUUAAAUGAUUAUGAGUGGAUUCACAACGUAACAGAGGACUUUUGCAGGCGCAACUGCUUAGCUGAUUGUUUUUGCGGUGCUGCCACUUAUACAAAUGGCGAUUGCCAUAAGAAAAUGUUACCCCUCUCAAAUGGGAGGACCGAGUCCGGUGUUUAUGGGAUUACAAUGGUCAAAACUAGGAAGGCACGCAAUUCUACUUUGCAACCUCCAGGAGGGUACCCAAAGUCGGAAAACAAAGAUCUUUCAACUUUGAUCAUAAUAGGAGCUGUCCUCUUGGGCAGUUCAGUGUUUCUUAACAUCUUCUCAUUGCAAGUUAUGGCUGUGCGCUUUGUGAAAAGGAAAAGAAGAAACAUUCAACCGCUGGUCUUGCCCGGCAUGGAUCUGCAAUGUUUCACAUAUGAGGAGAUUAAAAUAGUCACGGAUGAAUUCAAGGAAGAGAUUGGCAGUGGCUCUUUUGGGAGAGUAUUCAAAGGAUUUCUGGCAUCGGGGGUUGGAAACUAUGUUGCUGUGAAAACGUUCAACAGCAUGGUCGCCGAAAGAGAGCAGGAAUUCAAUGCUGAAGUGAGUGCAAUUGGCCGAACAAAUCAUAGGAAUUUAAUCAAAUUGAUAGGCUUCUGCAAUGAAAAGCAGCACAGGCUUCUUGUAUAUGAGUUCAUGAGCAAUGGUUCUCUUUCAAACUUCCUCUUUGGUGAUUCAAGGAUAAACUGGUAUGAUAGGAUCCAAAUAGCCUUGGAAAUUGCAAGAGGGCUGCUUUAUUUGCAUGAAGGGUGCAGCACCCCAAUCAUUCAUUGUGACAUUAAGCCUCAAAACAUUCUUUUAGACGACAGUUUUACAGCAAAAAUUUCAGACUUCGGAUUAGCCAAGCUGUUGAAGAUAGAGCAGAGUCGAACGAUGACUGGAAUCAGGGGAACAAAAGGGUAUGUUGCUCCGGAGUGGUUUAGAAGUAAGCCCAUCACCAUCAAGGUGGAUGUUUACAGCUAUGGCAUUUUGUUCUUAGAAAUUAUCUGCAGCAGGAAAUGUUUUGACACAGAGGCAGAAGAUGAGCAUAAAAUGGUGCUUGCUGACUGGGCAUAUGAUUGCUAUGUUGAAAGGAAGCUGGACCAACUAAUGAAGGAUGAUAAAGAAGCAAUGGAAUAUUUGGAGAGGGUGGAGAAGUACGUGAAGAUUGCCAUAUGGUGCAUUCAAGAGAACCCCGCACAGAGACCGCCCAUGGACAGAGUCAUACAGAUGAUUGAAGGAAGUAUUGAAGUCCCAAUUCCACCAGAUCCAUCCUCAUCUUGAUUUUCGGUUCCAUAUCCCAUACAACACCAUGUCUAGCUAUAUGUGAAUGUAAAGUAAUUUUUCCAUUUUCUACGAGUUUCUCAUGGAGCCGAGGAACAAGCAACUUUUUUUUUUUUUUUUUUUCUUGUCUCUUAAAUCUAUCUCUUCUAAGGAUACACCAUUGCUGGUGCAUCUUGCUGGAAGGUAUUAUCAUCUAAUUCCAGUUUACUCGUGCAGCCAAGUCCAUUAGAACUGUUGGAACAUAAGGCUUGGGAACUUGAUUCGCUUACUCUCGGGAGAAAGAAAAUAAGUGGCCUAGUCAAUAUUUUAAUUUACUAUUUUAGAAGACUUUUUGAAGAUGGUUGGUGGCUAUUACGAAAAUAAAAUAUCGAAGGAAUUUACA